UUGUGGCCGGCUAGGCUGAGCCAGGCCAUUCUGGCACGCUACAGUAGUAGCUCGCAAAAAGAGGAAGGAGAUGGCGAGUUCGGAGGAGAGCGACCAACAGAAGGUCGGGGAGGCAAAAGCUGAGACCGGCGAAAGGUUUACGUUCUUUUUCGGAGCCGAGUCUCCGUUCAGUCAGUGGCACUCUGCUGUGUUCGCCGUGGACGGCGUCGAAUACAACUGCGCAGAGCAAUACAUGAUGCACCGGAAGGCUGGUCAGUUGCUUUAAAACGUGCAGUAUGUCUAGGAGUCUGGCGCUGCCUGCCUGAAGUUUAGCCUGUAGCUCAGGGGGAACGAUGAGUAGACGUCUAUACGCCGAAGACGAGCCACGCCUACUUUUCAGGCGCCCUGACACACUCCAUUUCUCUGCAGUUCUCUUUGCAGACGAGACACUGGCUGCCAAGAUCAUGGCCAGUGACCACCCUCGAGAUCAGAAGGCCCUGGGGAGGAAAGUCAGCAAUUUCAACGAGGAAACUUGGAAAGAAAACUGCAGAGAUAUUGUCAAGAGAGGCAAUCUGGCCAAGUUCUCUCAGAAUGACGAUUUGAGAGCAGAGCUGAUGAAGACCAGAGGAACUACUCUAGUGGAGGCAGCUCCCGGGGACACUGUGUGGGGCAUUGGACUCUCUGCAACCAAUUGGAAGGCACAACACAGACAACGUUGGAGAGGGAAAAAAUCUGUUGGGUGAGAUAUUGACAGAAGUUAGAGAAGAAUUAACUUCGUAAUGAUUUUUCGCUCAUUGCAUAAUUAUAGUAAUACCCACAGUGUACAUAGUCGAGUUGGGCGCAUGAUUGCUAUUA